CAGCGGAUUCUGUCUUCUUCCCUUCUUCCACGAAACAUCAAGAACUCGCCUUUUUCUUUAAAAAAGAACCGUUCAACAUGGUGCUGGAAGCUACAAUGAUAGUUAUUGACAAUUCAGAAUGGAUGAUUAAUGGAGAUUACAUCCCUACGCGUUUUGAGGCUCAAAAGGACGCGAUGCACCUCAUUUUUAACCAAAAGAUCAACGAUAAUCCAGAGAACAUGUGUGGUUUAAUGACAAUUGGCGACAAUAGUCCGCAAGUCUUGUGUACACUUACUCGCGAUUAUGGAAAACUUCUUUCAGCCAUUCACGAUCUUCCAGUUCGUGGUGAAGCAAAACUGAUGACUGGUAUUCAAAUUGCUCAAUUGGCUUUAAAGCACCGUGAAAACAAAACCCAACGCCAGCGCAUAGUCGUAUUUUUGGGCUCUCCUGUUGACAGUGACGAGAAAAACAUGAAGCGUUUAGCAAAGAAGCUGAAAAAGAACAAUGUCGCUGUGGACAUUGUUCACUUUGGCGAACUUAGCCAAGAAAACACAGACAAACUCUCACAAUUUAUCGAGACUGUAAACUCGAAUGACAACAGCCAUUUGGUUACAAUUCCCCAGUCAGACCGACUGUUAUCAGAUAUGGUGAACGAGUCUCCCAUAGGACAAGGAGUUGCUGCCUCCAACAGUCAAUUCGAGUUUGGAGUGGAUCCUACUCUUGAUCCUGAACUUGCCUUGGCCUUGGAACUUUCCAUGGCAGAAGAACGUGCUCGUCAAGACAAUCAGAACCGUGAUACUGGCGCCAAUCCCAGCACUGCUGCUACUACUACUACUACUACCACACAAGAAAAGCCCAGUAGCAGCAACGCUGACGAAAAGAUGAAAGAGUAAAGAGAGUGCUUGUAUUGUGUUUACGACUUGCCACAGCUCCUAAAAAUACCAAACUGCCAUGUUCUAGUCUAAGCCGUAAUAUUCCACGACAAUGAUAAACAGUUACGAAUGAUAGCAUGAACAAGAACCAUUCUCGGUCCUCUUUUUUUUUUUAAAGACUUAAUCCCAAAAAUACAUAAAAACAGAAAUGUGUAAAUGUGAUGAAGGUAAUACACAGCGGGUAAAAUGAGACCGAACUAAACCCUAGAACUCCUACUUUAAGGCAAUGAAUGAAACACCAUUCCGUGCACUCUCAACGGCAGCUUGCAAUUGACUUUCCUCUUUGUCUGUCCAUUGCACAGAACACUCGUCCCAUUUCUUCGUUUGAAACUCUUUCCGAAAUUGCAUACGCAUAGAGUUCAACCGCGACAUCUCAACCGGAUUGCCUGUGCCCGAGUAGGCUAUAAGAACAGUGUUUUUCGGUAAAGAAUCAUAGAGUAAACGCAUUCUACGGUUCAGAUCUUGCAUGGCUUGAUUCGUAGAAUUGGGUAUAUGACUUUCAGCGGGAGACAGCGUCUCGGAAGAGUUCGACUCAGAAUCUGCUGGCGCUCCGUUUGUUGUUUUAUUGCCGGCAGGGGUAGACCAUUCAGCUGCAAACUCAAGUUCACGGAGUCGAGACCAAACAAAAUGAUGAUUAUCGGCUAGCGUGAUCGUAGCAUUUAUCACUUCAUCAUCCGUAUUGCAUGCGACUGUAGCAUUCGUAUACUUGCCAUGCCAAUAGUCAGGAGUACCAUAGUCAGCGACAGCACUCAACCUCGACACUGGAGACUGACGUUGUAGACGAGUAAAAACAGACUCCACGUCUUGGUUGUAUAAACCAAAUGCGGGUCCACGUUGCAUCUUGAGUUUUAGCAAGUCAAUACACGCGAGUGCAUCUUCAGCAGAGUCGUGUCCCACAACUCCCGUCUUUUGAAUUUCACGCUUCAGCCAUUUUUGGGUCAACCACUUCAAGGACGGCUUGGACGGAGGACCUCGUGUGUGUUGGUAAAUGUGCGAUGUGUCAAUGAUGUAUGGAUGCACAAAGUGAAGACUGUUAAGAUCGGAAUUUAGACUAUGUCCAAGAAGAAUGGUAUUUGCAUCAACCAUGCGCAACAGUUUUUGUUGAACAUCGGCCAGACGCGUUGUAACGUUGCGUAAUUUUUCCUCUGUGAUACCCGAAAACUGGGUAACGUAAUCAAUGAUGGGUGCCUCGGGCAUUACCAAUUCAUCGUAAACAACCCUGUGCUGCAUGUCAACCAGCGUUACACGAGCAAGCUCAGAACCGACCUCUGUUUUGACCAUUUCGCAAUCCAGACCAAGUAUUUGAGGCUUUGUGGGCAGCUCAGUAUCAAAACCGACAUGAGACGCAACCCAUCCUUCAGGCAACGCUGUUGACCCAGGACAAGUAGGGUGCAGGGGAUAGUCGUCGGCCAACAUGGCUUCCAAAGGCAUCAAGUAGUUCAACGGAGAAUGGGAUACAGCAGCACUGCGGGCAGCCUUGUCCCGCCGUUCCUUCUCAUGUUUAGGAAGGGGCGACUGGAGAAAUGCGUUGAUAGGCGAAUGAACACGGAAACGGUCACCGGGCGAACGAGUUGGCCAUACACGUUCAAAGAUGCUAACAAAAUCCGAUAAUUCAGAAGGACAGCAACCAUUGAGCAUUUUGGGCAACAAAAACGAAGACUUGUCCGAACGUUUCGGAGCAAAACCAAAUAAAGAAGGUUCAAGACCAGGAAUUAAGACGGUGACAACACGCUCGACGAGAUGUUUGUUUCGUACGAGAAUCCACGAAGGAGAUGGUCCAUCAGCGAUACACCAGAACAGCAAUUCCUGCAAAUCCGCAAUUUUAAGAGGUUUUUGAAGACAGUUUUCCGUCGUCACUAAAUGCGGCACCACAGGCUCUCCAUUCACCGUUUUGUUCUUCUUUGAUUUUUUCUUCUUUUUUUUCUUCGGUUCUAAAUUAUUUUUCUCCGUUACAGACUCAACGGAAACAGCCGCCGAGGUGGAAUUGCUCGUACUUUGUUCUGCGGAAUUGUUUUCCAACUUUCGCUUUUUACUGACGGAAUUGCUUCCGUCGGCGGUUUGUACAGCAUCUACGGGAUGCUUAGCCUCCGCAGACCCGUUACCAGUUUCGUUAACAAGCCUGGCCAUUUUCCUUAAACUUGGCAAACCACAGGUUUUCAGCGAGGGUCCCUGGUGGAUAUCCGCGGAAGGGCCGACAUGAUCUAGGAUGCUGCCGCGGCGGGGACGGUUUUGGUGGUAGUGUUGGUGUUGGUAGUAUUGGUGUGGGAGGUACUAAGGGUAGUGCUUGGUGUCCGUAGAGCAGGAGAAUCAAGGACGGCUGAAUGUGAAUUUGUUAGUAACAACGGGUUGACGACAG